AAAACAGUAAAACAAAUUACUUAAAAUUAAUAUAUUAUAAAUAUUUUAUUCCGAAAUUCCCGAUCAAAUAUUACCGUUACACGCCACCUUCACCCACCACACCGCCACCGUGGUUUCCCCGUUCUGGUAUUACCUUCGUCGUUCCCAACCAAACUGGGAAAAAAACACACACACAGAGAUGAUAAAUGGAAAAUUCUCAAAUUCGUAGCAGUAUAAAUCGAACGCAAUUCAGAAAUCCAAUUUCCAUGUCAACAAUACCAUUUCUACUGCGCCACUCAACGUUUUUCCGAUUCCCUUUUCACCACCGCCGCCGCCACCGUCAAUGGCGCCACCGAAUCCUACGCCGCCUUCUCCCUCAGCCUCCGCCGCGAGUAACUCCGACGCUUCAAACACCUCCACCUCCUCCUCCUCUUCUCUCCCACCGCUUUCCCUGACCUCUAUCGCCGCCGCCGCCGCCGCCGCUUCCUCUUCCAACCAGCUGAACUGUCUCUGGAUCCACUUCCUCAUCGCACUUUGCAAGGAGGUCACUACCUGCACCGCCGCCGACGCCGAUUCCACCACGGAGGCGCUCCUCCUUCCCAACAAAGCCGUUGAUUCCCACGCGGUUUCGCGGGUGCCCCGACCGAUCCCCAAACUCAAAUUCACUCCCGUCAUCGGGAUCCUCAGCCACCCAGGGAACGGCGGGUCCGGCAGCUCCAACAAAGCGACUAAAGCUUCGUACAUCGCCGCCUCUUAUGUGAAAUUCGUCGAGUCCGCCGGUGCUAGGGUUAUUCCCCUCAUCUACAACGAACCGUUGAAGGUUAUUAACGAGAAACUCAAUUUGGUUAAUGGAGUGAUCUUUACUGGAGGGACUGCCAAAAGCGGUGUCUACUUCGACGUUGUUAAAUCGAUCUUUAAGAGUGUUCUGAGAAGGAAUGAUGCUGGAGAACAGUUCCCUUUGCUUGCCAUCUGCUUAGGUUUUGAACUAAUAACCAUGAUCGUCAGUGAGAAAAAAAACAUCCUGGAAACAUUCGAUGCAAAAAAUCACGCUUCUACAUUGAAAAUCAUGGGGAACAUUGAUGUGAAAGAAACUUUAUUUCAGAGCUUCCCCCCGGAUUUGCUAAAAAAACUAAGUAAAGAACGCCUGGUUAUGCAAAAUCAUCGUUAUGGGAUAUCACCUAAGAAGUUCGUAAAGAACGAUAAGCUACGUGGUUUCUUCAAUAUAUUAACAAUCACUGAAGAUAGAAAGAAGCAGCUCUAUGUUUCGACUGUUCAAGCACACAAGUAUCCCGUGACUGGUGUUCAGUGGCAUCCAGAGAAAAAUGCUUAUGAUCAGAGCUUAUCAGCGACUCCACGCUCGAAAGAUGCAGUUAAAGUCACUAAAUACGUUGCCAACUUUUUUGUGAGGGAGGCUCGGAUGUCUAAGAACAGACCAUCUACCCGUAAAGUGCUCGACAACCUCAUUUAUAAUUAUAGUCCUACGUAUUGUGGAAAGGCUGGGGCAACACUAGAAUGAAAUAACCCAGAAAUUGGAAUGAAAAAGAAAAGUUUCCAAAUCGGAAGAGCAGGUGGAAAACCCUGGAUCCGUAUUCCCUAAGCGUCUAACCUCUAAAACCGGAAAAAUUGAAAACCGGGGUCAAAUGACCAAAUACAGUUCAACCGUGUAAAAUACAGGAACCGGCGAGUCAGGUUAAGAAACCUGAUUUUCAGCGAAAACGUCUCAAACCACCGAUAAAUUGAUUAUUUGAUGAGUAUUCUAUGCCUUGUGCCAUGUGUAAAGGCUUCUUAAGAACUAAAAUCGUUUGUGGUCCUGGAGACUUGAUAUCUGUCUACGUUCGGGCAAGGAACUACUGUCGAUUUCGAUCCGAAUUUUUCAAUUUUGGAAUAAUAUUUUUUGUUCUAAAUUUUAAAAACCCGAUUCCGGGUUUU